GUGCAAUUUCACUUCAAUAAAAUUCAUUCAGUUUCCAAAACAAACACCAUGGUUUCCGGCGACUGUACUUCGUUCGGCGGUGCUAUUAUUCCGAUUAGAUUGACCCUUACCCACUCCCGGAGUUGCAUCAAACAGCUGAAGCAUUACUUGCCGGUUUUCUCUGAAAUCUCCUCCUCAUCGGAGCAAAUCGCCGGCAGUGAAGAUCUUUUAACUGAAAUAUUCCUCCGAUUACCCCCAAAAUCUCUACUUCGUUUCCAGUGCGUAUCUAAACACUGGCUUUCUCUUAUUUCUAGUGCUCAUUUUCGUCGACUCCAUACUCGUCGGAAUGCUACCUCCUCUGCUUCCACUGUCGGCGUUUUCUUGUGCCGGCACCCAAAUUAUGAUUUUCUUGCUCUUCAUGAAGAACGAAUAUCUGAAAUGGAUCGGAUUUACAACCGUUUAUCCGAUUCGCGUGGUAGCAAAGUUGUGUGUAAUAUUAAUUCUUGUAAUGGGCUUUUAUGCGUUGGUUUUAAAUCGGAUGAUGCUAAGACGGAUUUUUAUAUUUAUAAUCUCACUACCGGUCAUCAUAGAUUUAUUCCGGUGCCGGAGACCAUGAUAGUGAAAAGUAUGAACUUAGCAUUUGAUCCCAACAUAUCCGAAGAUUACUAUGUUGUUUGUGUUUGGUUCUCUGUUUCUGAAAAUCGACUCUGUUUCUCUGUGUAUUCAUCCGGAUCUGGGAUUUGGAGGCAUUCGAAUGAGCACUGUAAUAAAGUGGACUUAUGCAGCUAUGGUGGGGUUUUCUGGAAAGGGGCUGUUCAUUGGUUUAGCCAAACAAGCCCCUUUUUGUGCUUGCAAGUUGAUACCUGCGUGUUUAAAUCAAUGCCUAGCACCGAUAUUCCUGAAGGACAGUGGUACAGAAACAUCGAGUAUUUCGGAGAAUCGGGUGGUCAUUUACAUCUUAUUGAGAUUCAUAAGCCUCAAGAUAUAGAGUUUGAUGUUUUGGAAUUGAAGAGUGAUUAUUCUUGUUGGUGUGUGAAGUAUCGAGUGAAUCUUGAAUUUUUGACCAAUUUGUAUCCGAUGAUGGUGAAUCAAGAAGUGUAUCCUCCUGAAGAUUACAACUUUCCAUAUGCAUUCAGUACCCUCUGUUUUCUAAGAGAUGAAGAAAACAGAGCAAGGGUAUUGAUAUCACUUCCAGGGAAAAUUGUUGUGUUUGAUAUACAUAAUGGGAUGGUGAAAGAGCUAGCUGAUAUACAGCCUGAUUCUUUCAGAAAUUUCAUUGGUGGUGCACGGUAUGAUUGUUUUGAUGCCUAUAAACAUGUUGAGACACUCGCUUUUGUUUGAGUUUCUUGUAUUAUUUUUUUCU